AAAUUUGUUUUCCACAUCCUCUACUGUUGUUUCUGAAAAAAGUAUUACCGUCAUGGAAGUUCUGAUUGCCAUUUUCUUCGUAUUAUACUUGGUUUCGCAUUGUUCUUGUAGCAGAAUACGUGAAGCUGCUAUAAACCUGUACACUUUCAAUGUGAUGGAUUAUGGAGCUAUCGGAGAUGGCCUCACAGAUGAUUCUCAAGCUUUUCUAAAAGCUUGGAGUAUGGUUUGUGCAAUGAAAAAUGGUGCUGCAACCCUCAAGGUGCCUCCCGGGAAAACAUUCAUGUUGAAACCUCUUCAAUUCAGUGGUCCCUGCAGUUUCUCUUCGGUUCAUUUUCAGCUUGAAGGAGAUGUUGUUGCACCAAAGAGCACUGAAGCAUGGAAGGGUCAGGACUCUAGCAAGUGGAUUGAUUUUUCGAACGUCGAUGGCCUUAUAAUCGAUGGAGGUGGACAAAUCGACGGCAGUGGUUCUGUCUGGUGGAAUUCUUGUAAAGUGAAAAGCUGCUCAAGACCAACUGCCCUGUCUAUUCAGAACUGCAACAACCUCCAGCUAACUGGGACUCGUCAUCUCAAUAGUGCAAGAAACCAUAUAUCUAUAAAUAAUUCUAAUCACACACACAUAUUCAAUGUCACUAUCACUGCACCUCAAGAUAGCCCAAACACUGAUGGAAUUGACGUUUCUCAAUCAAGCUACAUUCUAAUUCAGCGCUCAACCAUUGCAACGGGAGAUGACUGCAUCGCCAUGAAAAGUGGCACAUCAUAUGUUAACAUUACUGGUAUAACUUGUGGACCCGGCCACGGUAUAAGUGUUGGAAGCCUUGGGAAAAAAGGAACUUGUCAAACAGUGGAGCAUGUUCAUGUAAACAACUGCAACUUCAAGGGAGCAGAUAAUGGAAUGAGGAUAAAGACAUGGCCGGGUGGAUGCGGGUAUGCAAGAAAUAUCAAGUUCGAGCAUAUCCUACUUACAAAUACCAAAAAUCCUAUAAUUAUUGACCAGGAUUAUGAAAAUGUACAGAAUGAAGACAAAAAACAGACAUCUGAAGUUCAAAUAAGUGGCGUGACGUAUCGUUGUGUCAAUGGAACUUCUAAUAGUGAGACAGCCAUCAUUUUGAAUUGCGGUGCGGGUGCAGGGUGCACUGAUAUCUUCAUGGAUGUAGUCAACAUAACCUCAACGUCAUCAGGAUCAAACGUUCAUGCAUCCUGCAACAAUGCUCAUGGAGUUGCUGCUUCUACUUCACCUCCUGUGUCUUGCUUGUCACAGUAACCUAGCUCAGUUGUUUUCGUAGCUGCAUCGCCCAUUUCGGUUUCUAAAAUGGCCUGGAAUUUCUUUUUCUCUAAGAGAUUAUGUUGCUUUUAUUUCAUCAAGAAUGUACAAUAUAGAAACUCAAGACUACAAUGAAAAAU